AUGGCGCUGCUCGCCCUGCACCCCCCGUCGCCUGACACCCUCGCUGCCACCUUCCGCACCUGCUCCUCGCUCUUCCUCGUGCCCCUCACCCACUGCAUCCGGGCAGCGCUUGAGAUCUUUUCUGCCCACGGGCUGCCCGAGUCGCUGUUUCUAGGUGUCAUCCGGCGGGUGCCCGAGCUGAUUCUGGAUGCCAGGCUGGAUGAUGUCAGCAACGGCAGCAGCAGUAGCAGCAAAGACAGCAACAACAAGAGCAGUGAUACUCACAAAAAUGAGCAAACAAGCAAUUCCCACUCAGAGCACCAGCAGCAGCAAGACGGCCUUGCGCCUCUCUCUGACCCCCACAGCUCACCCACCAGCACCCCUCCCUCGCACCUCCCCUCCACCAAUCUCCCCCAUCUACAGCAGGUGCUGCACUUUCUCUUCCUGCACCUGCCUCCCCCAACUGUCGCCAAGCUGCUGCACUCGACUGCCUGCCGUGUCUUCCGCACGCCCCUGCCCUCGCUCCUGCUGCACCUCUCCGCAAUGCACUCCAUCCUCGCCCCCCCUGACUCCCUCCUCUUCCGCUACCCACUCGCCCUCCGCUUCUCUCCUGAGAUCCUCAAGCAGAGGCUUUCACGAUCGGCUGAAUUUGUGCCGCUGACAGAAGCGCAGGAGGGGGUGGGAGGUGACAACGGAAGUGGAGGAGGGGAAAGAGAGGGAAGAGCGAGAAGGACGAUAAGACUUGACCCUGCCUCUCUUCUCCCGAUCCCUCCUCUCGAUCCUUCUCUUUCAUUUACGGCGGAUACAGCAGUUCUCUCCCUUGUGCACAGGCAACCACACAUCCUCCAUGCCAGUAAGGUAACCAUGCAGGAGGUGGUAACCACACUCACCACUCUCUUUGGCCCACAAGGCACGUCCUACGUGCUCUCCCGCCACCCAGCCCUGCUCUCCCACCACCCAGCCCUGCUCACCGUCUCCCCUCGCACAAUAGGAGACGCCAUGUUCGCAUUUAUCGACAUUUUGGAGAGGAAGUUCCCUAGAUAUGAUCCAGCGCGAGCCUGGGAUUAUACAGGUCCGGCACAGCACACUCCGGCCGAUGAUUAA